AUGCUACAGCAACAAACUGCCUCUGCUGUGGUGAACGGGUCGCGACUCAAGCUUGCCUCUUCAGUCAUCACUUCGUCCUCCGCGAGCGUCAAGUCAACUUCCCCCAGCAUACGAGCCUCCUCUGAAGAUUCCGUCCAACGACGAUACAGCCAGACCAUGGCCGCCUCCGCCGCUCCCGCGCGCCCCGAUGCGCGCUCUCGUCCUGCCGGCACCUACUUCCCCCUGGGGUACAAGGAUGCCGCCUACCAAUGGUGGUGCAGCGUAACACCUCAAAUGGCCGAGCGAAACGUCCUCUCCCACAUCCCCUACCUCAAAGAAGCCCGCGAAAAUGCCGCCUCUCUCGAUGUCGACAGGCACGAUCCCUUCGGCCAGCGCGUGUGGAAGUCUCAGAUGGUCGAGCUCUCCGGCAAGAACCGCGCCUUGAACGAGUACUCGGUUGAGCGCGUCGGCGAGCAGGUCGACAACACCCUCGUCAUUCUCCACGGCUACGGCGCCGGCCUCGGCUUCUUCUACAAGAACUUCGAGCCCCUCUCCCGCUCAAAGGGCUGGAAGCUCUACGCCAUCGACAUGCUCGGUAUGGGCAACUCCACCCGGCCAGCCUUCAAGGUGACGGCGAAGGAUCAAGCGGCUAAGACCGCUGAGGCUGAGGCCUGGUUUAUCGACGCGCUCGAGGAGUGGCGUAAAAAGCGCAACAUCGACAAAUUUACGCUCAUCGGUCACUCCCUCGGCGGCUACCUCUCCGUCGCCUACGCGCUGAAAUACCCCGGCCACAUUAAGAAGCUCAUCCUCGCCUCCCCCGUCGGUAUCCCGGAGGACCCUUACGCCGUCAACGCAGCCAUGCCCGAGCCCGAAGAGUCGACCUUCCAGAACGAGUUCACGCAAGACCAAAACACCGUAACGAGCGACGACCACAACGCCGCGACCUCCCGCGCGAAGCCCAACGCACCCACAAACUCCACCAACGCACCCAAGCGCCCCCUACCGGGCUGGCUCGUCUGGCUCUGGGACGCCAACGUCUCCCCCUUCAGCAUCGUCCGCUUCACCGGGCCCCUCGGCCCGCGCUUCGUCUCGGGCUGGACCUCCCGCCGCUUCAACCACCUCCCCACCGCCGAGCGCGGCUCCCUCCACGACUACGCCUUCUCCAUCUUCCGCCAGCGCGGCAGCGGCGAGUACGCCCUGCCCUACAUCCUCGCCCCCGGCGCCUACGCCCGCAGCCCCAUCAUCAACAGGAUAGACGGCGUCGGCCGCCAGACGAUCGAGAAGAACGGCGAGAGCAUCAAGGAGACGGGCAUCCCCAUCGUCUUCAUGUACGGCGAGAACGACUGGAUGGACGUCGCGGGCGGCCUGGCCGCCGAGGAGAAGCUGAAGCAGGCCAAGUUGCAGGCGCUGCUCCACGGCACGGACGAGGAGAAGAGGAGGGAGAACGGGUCCGCCAAGGUGAAGAUCAUAUCCAAGGCUGGACACCAUCUCUACCUCGACAACGCCGACGAGUUCAACGAGUUCAUUCGCAAAGAGCUGGAAGACGUGGAGAAGAGCAAAUUAUAG